AUGCCUCGAAUGGGCGAACUUCCAGAACCAGUCAUGGAUAAGUCGGAUAUGCAACGUAGCGUCGAUUCUCUUCGCAGUCAGCUCAACAUCGAACGAACACCGAUUAGCCAAAGUGCAACAGAACUUCGCCGCUAUACUGAAACCCAAGAAGAUCCGUUGGUGAACCCAAUCGACAAGAAGGUUAAUCCAUGGGCCGAGAAGAGCAAAUGUUCUGUGUUAUAA